CGAGUGUUGGGAUUAAAGGCGUGUGCCACCACUGCCUAGCCACAGGAAUGAUUUCUAGGCAACAUACUAAAAUUAUUUUCCUCUAAAGCCUCUUGAGUAAGCUCAGCACAGUUCAAAUAACUCUUAGCACCACUGUCUUCUUUCAUGUUCCUCCUAGUAUGGCCCAUUAAGCAGUGCUUAAAGCCUUCUACUGCAUUCCUAACCCAGACUCCCAAAGUUCAAAAUUUCUCCAAACAGAAACGUGGUCCAGCCUAUCACAGCAAUACCAUAGUCCCUGGUAACAACUUCUGUCUUAGGAUUUCUAUUUCUGUGAAGAGACACCAUGGCCACAGCAAGUCUUAUAAAGGAAAUUCGAAAUGAGUCCCAUGACUAUCCUCAUAGAGUGGCCAAGUUUCCAGAAAACAGAAAUCGAAACAGAUACAGAGAUGUAAGCCCAUAUGAUCACAGUCGUGUUAAACUGCAAAGUACUGAAAAUGAUUAUAUUAAUGCCAGCUUAGUUGACAUAGAAGAGGCACAAAGAAGUUACAUCUUAACACAGGGUCCACUUCCUAACACGUGUUGCCACUUCUGGCUCAUGGUGUGGCAGCAGAAGACCAGAGCAGUUGUCAUGUUAAACCGAACUGUAGAGAAAGAAUCGGUUAAAUGUGCACAAUACUGGCCAACAGAUGACCGAGAGAUGCUGUUUAAGGAAACAGGAUUUAAUGUGAAACUCUUAUCUGAAGAUGUGAAGUCAUAUUAUACAGUCCAUCUACUGCAGUUAGAAAAUACCAAUAGUGGUGAAACCAGAACUAUAUCACACUUUCAUUAUACCACCUGGCCAGAUUUUGGAGUUCCUGAGUCACCAGCUUCAUUCCUAAAUUUCUUGUUUAAAGUUAGAGAGUCUGGCUCCUUGAACCCGGAGCAUGGACCUGCAGUGAUCCAUUGCAGUGCAGGCAUCGGGCGCUCUGGUACCUUCUCCCUCGUAGACACCUGUCUUGUUCUGAUGGAAAAAGGAGAGGAUGUUAAUGUGAAACAAGUAUUACUGAAUAUGAGAAAAUAUCGAAUGGGACUUAUUCAGACACCAGACCAGCUCAGAUUCUCCUAUAUGGCCAUAAUAGAAGGUGCAAAGUACAUACAAGGAGAUUCAAAUAUACAGAAACGGUGGAGAGAACUUUCUAAAGAAGAUUUGUCUCCUGUUCGUGAUCAUUCACAAAACAAAACAAUGACUGAAAAGUACAAUGGAAAAAGGAUAAGUUCAGAAGAGGAAAAACUAACAGAACUUUCUUCUAAGAUUCAAGAUAAUGUGGAAGAGAACAAUGAGAGUAUUCUACGGAAACGUAUUCGAGAGGACAGGAAGGCCACUACAGCUCAGAAGGUGCAGCAGAUGAAACAGAGGCUAAAUGAAACUGAACGAAAAAGAAAAAGGUGGUUAUAUUGGCAACCUAUUCUCACUAGGAUGGGGUUUGUGUCAGUCAUUUUGGUUGGUGCUUUGGUUGGCUGGUCACUGUUUUUUCAGUGACAUGUCCUAUAAAUAAACAGUUUUACCCAGCACCUUUAUGCACUGGCAGGUGACAGUGCUGCAUUAAUCUCAAGGGUUUGUUAGCAAAUGCCUCAUACCCCAAUAACGUUGCAGUAGAUUAGACAUCAACCAGAUAAGGGAUAUUUACAGUCACAAGCCCAACAUCUCAGGACUCAUCACUGCAGGUUCCUCUGAGACCCAAACUGUCAAUGACUCAAAGACAAAUGUGCUUGUUGAAAACUGUUACAUCUUACAGCUGUGCUUCACUGACCAAUAUUGAGAAAUCCUUAUUACAAGGAUUUGCUUUUGGAGGCUUUCUGGAUUUUAACCUGCACUUGAUAUAAGCAAUAAACAUUGUGUUUUUUUUUCUAUGUUAUCAAUGGAAAAAAAUAUCCUUUAAAUGAUGUGUGUAAUAUGUAAUAUACUGUUGAAAUGGGCAUUACAACUUUAUAUGCUUAACCAUUUUAGGGUAAAUAUAUUUUAUAAGUACUUAUUUAAUUUUACUUUUGUAGUUAAAUGUACUUUAAAAGUUCAAUUUGAAAAUAUGUUACCAUAGAAAAAUAAAUUGUAUGUUGACUCAGUUGUAUACUGAAUACAUUUUCCCUUUCCUAAACAGAAGUUUGGUAGAGGCAGUUGAAACUAUGAGCAAGCUAUUUCUACUACACAUUUUUAUUUCUUUUGUAUUUUAUGGUUUAUCUUAAUUUAAAAAGAAAAGCAAAGAAACAAAAUUUUUCUAAACAUGUUAUUGAAGGAAAAUUCUCCUUUCUGGGAUAGUCAAGUGAGAGUUGGUCAAGACUAACCUUAAAAAUAACAAAAAAUUGUAUUCUGCAGGACAUCACACAUAGUGCUCAAGAAGCUGAGGCAAGAGGUUCAAAAGUCUGAAGCCAGCCAAGGCCAUAUAGCAAGUUCCUAUCUUUAAGAAUAAGAACAGUGGAGGGGAGGCCAGAGAACACCAAGAAUAAAAUUGGUUCUUAGCCAUAUGUGAUGGCGCAAACCGGUGAUCUCAGCAUUGGGGAGAUAGAGGCAUAAGGGCCACAAGUUCAAGGCCAGCCAGGGCUGUAAGAAAUUGUCUCAAAAAACUGAAGUGGUUAAAAGAAAAGAAAUUGAUUUCUGUAAAGUAAAGCCCAUGCAUGAUUUACACUGUUCUUUUUUUUUUUGUGAAAAUGUUAAUGUAAUUACUCAAAUGGGAUAACUUAUUACUAGGUAAAAGGAGCCAGUGUUUUAUACUUACGAUUUCAGCUCAUUGGACUGAAAUUUUGAAGUAAAAAAAAAAUUCAAGUUCUUUCUAAGUUUAAUAAAUAGUACGAUGGUGUACAAAUUUACAUUGUCCCUUACCUUUGUAAUGAGUAUUUUUAAAGCAUGCAACCACUAAUAGGGUUUUGGUGGUUUCAAAGUCUGUGCUUUGGAUCUGUCAUCUAGGUGGUGGUCAGGUUCCAAACCACUAGGACAAUAUCUCAGCUUUAUCUCUUUCAUAUAUCAUGUAAGGUUGCAUUAUAAGGAUUAAUUACUUUAAACAAGACAGUUUAAUUCUGUUUGAAAACCACAGGUAUAGCUAGGAAUUGUGAAUGGCCUUGAGAAGCAGUUUUGAAUGUGCAAGUUCCAGGACAGCCUCCAAAACAAUACAGAGAAACCCUGUCUCGAAAACCAAAAAAAAAAAAAAAAUUCCAGUUAAAGUAGGACAAGGUGACAUACACCUUUAAUCCCAGCACUAAGGAGGCCAAGACUGGCAAAUUCCUGUGAUUUCCAGACUAGCCUGAUCUACAUAGAAAAUUCCAAGUCAGCCAGGAUACACACUGAGACCCUGUCUUGAAAGAAAGGAAUCCAAUUGAAGAUAGCUUCAACUUCAACAGCUUCUUAGAACAACAUACUGAUAAGGCUGUACUAGCCUUUCCCUGGAAGGAUGUGCCUUCUAGAGAUAGCAUUGAACACUGCUCUUUUUGCUUCUUGGUGUGUAGUUAGUGCUUCUCAGAACACAUUUGGUAUAGACUCCUCAGCGCAGGGCUUGUCUUUUUCCUGAGCAGAUCUUUAAGGGCUGGUUUUAACAACAGCAGCUUUAAAUAUUUAAACAUUUUUGUACUGCUUACUAAGUAUACAUGGCAUUUGACUGCAGUGCCCAUGGGCAUCAUCCUGCCUUGUAUGAAGUGAGGUGUACUAUGAUACUAUGCGUUCUUGAGUGCUCGCCAGAGAAGGGGAACUAGCAGUCUCUGGUGGUUCUGCAUCUUAAACCAUGUUCAUCAGUCUCGUGGUAUUUACUGACUUUAAUUAAUUUAGGAGUAGUGUGACUUCAAUCAAAUUCUGCCUUUCUUAAUAAAUUGGGAAAAGAAAAGGUAUUUUUAAAGGGCCUUAUUCACAAAAAAGAAUUCUUAAUUCCUAUCUCUUCCUGUCUUGAUUUAAUGUCAGUGUCUAUACCUGCGGUUAUAUAUGCCUUCCAAGGUACUGUGUUAUAUCUGCUUACUGAUUUCUAUCUAUGCUUGCUCAAACAUAAAAUGUAAAGAUACAGUUCUUUUUAAAUGUAUUUAUAUAUAAAGGCCAUUUGUCGUGUUCAGCUGAGACUCUUACACAUUUGUCAGGUUUUCUACAUCUUGUUCUUCUCUCUUUUUAUCCAUUUCAUUAUGUGUUAUGUUAGCAUUUGUACCAAAGAGUGAACAGGAAAAGUGAGAACUUGUGUAAUCAUUUUCUGUUGAAACAGCUGUGCUUUACAGGUGCAUCAGAGGAAAGAGUCCUAAUCUACGAGUUCACUUGACAUUCACUGGCUUGUUCUGUCUUAAAUAAACUAGAGUUGAUGUUAUGAAUUAAAAAAUAUGUCCACAUUUUUAGUUACAACAUGGGACAGCCCUCUCGUUUUCCAUCACUUUCUUGUGUGCUCUCAGCACCAGUUCCCGGGGUGAUGACCACCAUUUUUCUGCUAGGCACAGAAAGACCCCACUGAUUCCUUUGAAACUAUCUCUGGCUAGAUUCUACAUAGAGACUGGAACCUGAUGGUAUUAAACAUACUCUUAUUUGCCAUGGUAUAUAGUUCAUUUAACAAAUUUACAUUACUAGAUAUGCCAAUCAAGUCAUUUCACAGAUUAAAAAUAUACAUUGCCUUAAUUUUUACUUACAGAUACAAUUCUUUAUUUGUGGUGGAUGUUGGGUGUGUUUAUUGAUUAAUUCAUUUUUUGUUUUGUUUUGAGACAGGGCCUUGAUGUUUCCCAAGCUUGGCCUUAAUCUCCUCAGCUUAAGUGACUUCCUACUUGAACUUGUUGAGUAGCUAACACCACAGGCAAAUGAUACUGCACACAACUUUCUAAUAUAAAUCUUGAAACUUUUUUUAAAGCUGUAGUCUUAAGCCAGAUGUCCUUAGAUGUAUAGCCUGUUUCUUUAAAUGUUCAGAUAAGAUUUCAGACUUUUAGUCAAACCCUGUUCACAUUUCCUUCUAGUAGGCCCCAUCCCUGGGUCCUGAGGAGUAGCAUAUAUGGCCGUGGCAUGGAUUCUUGUGGUUUGGUGUCUCGUAGGAAGGAAGGGCUUGUGAGGGCUUUAAUCUGGAUGAACUUGGUCCAUAUGUUGAGUUUGGAACUAAUUGCCAAGAGAUGCACAUUUUGUUUAUAUGUCAACAGCUAAUAAAGUCUCUUACAUUUUUGAGCUUCCUUUAUAUAGCUUUGUCCCAGAAUCUUGUAUAUAUCUUUUUUUCCCCAAGUAUGAAUGUUUUUCCCUCAUUAAAAUUGUCAUUUCAUAACUUGAAAUUCAGGUCUUGGUUAUUGACAAUGGGUUACUCCAGAGGAGACCUGUUCUAUCUGUUAUUUCCUUGAAUUCACUUGAGGGGUCUGAUGCCAUUUCCUCCUCAAAUACUGGUCUUCAGUUUGGUUUUGGUUUUUCAAGACAGAGUUUCUCUGUGUAACAGCCCUGGCUGACCUAGAACUCACAUUGUAGACCACGCUGUCCUGGAACUCAUAGAGAUCCCAAGUGCUGUGAUUCAAGGCAUGUGCCACCACUGCCUAGCUGGUCUUCAGUUUUUCAUCAGACAGUGUCAACACAGUCUAGCAUUUACACCUAGAAUUACAGUUCUGUAAUUGCCCCACUGAGUGUGGAAGGAGACAUUCAGGUGGUGUCAUCCUCCAUUCCUGCUCUGACAGGGAGUCAGUCCCCAGUCAGAUGACUUGCUACACGGCCAGUGUCUUCUUUCCUAGGACAGCUUCACGCCAUUCUGCACAAGUGCUUUCUCUCAGCUGUGGCUACAGGGAAGACCCAUUGUCCUUUGCCAGUUUUUUUGUUUUGUUUUUUCCUUGCUGUCACUGCCCUAGUGUAGUGCCAUUGUUAGUGUAAGGAAGGCUUGGAUGGAAAGUCUGCUCUGCCCAAUGGGCUUUGUGAAGGCUAACAUUUAGUAUAAAGAGCCUCACAGUGGUUAUGAGCAGGAAGCUGUGAGGCCAUCACCUGAAGGGUCUACUUGGGGCUGCUGCAAGGAGAAUUGCAUGCAUUUUUUUUUCUUUAUAGAGACCACUUUUAAGAAGUAACAAAUUAUUCUUUGUAGCCACUCAUUAGGCAUAGAUUUUUCAGACCCAUGAUGCUGUUGAUAUUUUAAAUGACUAAAAAAAGUCUUUGAGUUUGGAAAGUUCAGGAGAGGAAGCCUGGGUAAGUUCCUUUAAAGCAUGCUUGGCUUACUGUGGUUAGCACCAGAUGAUCUUAGUAGGAUGGUAAUGUAAACAUCUCAUAGCAUGACUUUCCCUCUCUCAUGGGCAUGUAUGUAUAUCAUGGGUCAGGGAAGAACACUCCAGUGUCUGCGGCAGCAGCAUGGAGACAGCUGGCACCCAGGACACCCAUAUAGCUUAUUCCACUUGAUUUGCUUGGACCCAUUUUAUUUUUGCCUUAUUAGAAAUAAAGUGGUAAAGAUCCAUCCAUGUAGAUAUAAUAGAAUUAUCUAAAAAGCCUGCUUGCCAGUCUUACAAAUAAAGUUGUUUCCUAGAAGUUAUUCUAACAAUUUGCUUACUUUGUUAGCUCUAAAUACUAUUUGCAAAGAAGCAAUGAGCUUCAAAAACCAGUUUGUCUAUUAAGUGGCAAACUUAUUAUCCUUGGUAAAUGUGUAUUUAAUAAAUACUAUUUAAUCUAAAUUUAGGUUUCAUGACACUUUAGACAGUACCACCCUUAAGUUAGAAGUAACUCACCAUGAUCACCCUGCUUAGUGCACAUAACACUGAGAUACAAACUCUUGGCUGUGGUUUCAGCACCUAAAGACUCAGACUUUUCUCAUUGUGUCCAACCACGGUUCUUUAAUGUAAGUAUUUACUUAAACUAGACUUUUUUUUUUUUUCCGGGGGCAGGGGGGUUCGAGACAGGGUUUCUCUGUGGCUUUGGAGGCUGUCCUAGAACUAGCCCUUGUAGACCAGGCUUGUCUCGAACUCAGAGAUCCACCUUCCUCUGCCUCCCGAGUGCUGGCAUUAAAGGUGUGUGCCACCCUGGCCCGGCUAAACCAGACUUUAAAUGGGGAAAUGCUAGACAGCCCAUUCUUAACUAAAAAUCCAAACAAAUUUGCUUUAAGUGGAAGGGGAAAAUGUUGCUCUUAAAAUACUUUGUGGCAAUGGAGCAUCAGAAACUUUGUUACAUCCCACAUUCUGCUGUAGGCAUGUUUUCUCUGUGAGCCACUGACGUCUAAAGAUUAUGGUUUCCUGAUACCAACACUAUGGAGUAAUCAAUGUUGGGAAACCAAACAAGACUUUGUAGACUACCACAGGUGCUUGGUAGAGCUGUCUGCCUUUGGAUGAACAAGCCAGUGGGCAAGAAGAAUCUUCAUUCUCGUUAUUGGGGAGGGGGACCCUAAAUGGAGAUCUAUUUCAUUUUCUGUUUAUACAUGAUGAUUCAAAAUUAACAAGCAUUUCCAUUGUAGUCUCUGUGUGUGUAUAUGUGUGAGGGGGGGGAAAUGUGAUAAAAAGUUACAAGCAUUUACAUUGUAGUCUGUGUGUGUGUGUGUGUGUGUGUGUGUGUGUGUGUGUGUGAGAGAGAGAGGGGGGGGUGAUACAAAAGUUACAAGCAUUUACAUUGUAGUUUGUGUGUCUGAGAGAGAAAGAAGGGGGUGGGGGAUGAGGUAAGGGAGUUGGUGCAAAAAUGUAAAUAACCCAAAAGGUUUGGUUACUGGCAUUUAAUUGAGAAAUACCAGCAAAAACUACUGCUUUUAACAGUCACAUCCUCUUGUCUCUUUGUUUAAAUGCCUUUUAUUUUUUUCAUUUUACUUUUGAUGUUAAAGUGCACUGAAAUAUCAUGUUUUACUUGCCUUAGUAGUUAUAAUUAUUAGCAUUAUCCUUCUGGAGAAAAUACAAAGGCUGAAAAUCUGAUUUACAGGUACAAGCCAACUUUAUGUCCAAACUUUAUGUUUAAGCUUUGUAGCAGUUUUACAGUGAUUGUCCAAACUGGAUUAGACUUUUGCAUUGAAGUCAAAGUAUGGGUAAGUCUAGCACAUAUAAUAAAAUCUUGCUAUAUUCUGUGGCUACAUUAUUUUUUAAACUUGUCUGUCUCUUGGCAUAUUAUAUAGAGGUCAUUUCUUGAAUAAAACAGGAUGGCCUAAACAAUUCAGUAAUUAUUGAAGAAGUGAGUUACGGUGUGUAACAUCAGUCUGUGUCACACCACUACUUCUAUUUGGAAAUCCGCAUUUUAGGAAAACCUUGGUGGAUGACUGGAUGUGACAUGUUGGACUGGUUUUUGGUAGACUUUUCAGUUCAGUGUUAGGCCUUUCAUGUUUGUAUCUAUGUACAUCUGUAUGUGUAGUAAAUAUGAAUUGAAUAGAUGACUUCUUAUUUUAUGUUUUAGGCCAAGAUUGACAGACACCUAAAUAUUCAUGACUUGAGACUAUUCUGCAGCUAUAUAUUUUCAACCUUUGGUGUGCAAAGCAAGACCUGAAGCCCACUCCGGAAACUAAAGUGAGGCUUGCUAAUCCUGUAGAUUGCCUCACAAGUUGUCUGUUUACAAAGUAAGCUUUCCAUCCAGGGGAUGAAGAACACCACCAGCAGAAGACUUGCAAACUCUUUAAUUUGAUGUAUUGUUUUUUUAAAGUGUAUGAAAUGUAGAAAGAUGUAAAGAAAAUAAAUUAGGAAAGACUACUUUGUAUUCUACUGCCAUUCCUAAUGUAUUUUUAUACUUUUUGGCAGCAUUAAAUAUUUUUAUUAAAUAGA